AUGGUUCCGACGCCCCCAUCAUCAACAGCAGCAGGAGCAGUCAAUCAAAGUCAGCAGUUAGCGUCUCGCGAACAAACUCAAUUCAAAAAAGUUGUUCGAUUUUAUGAGCAAAAACAGUAUAAAAAAGGGCUUACAGCUGCAAAAGAAAUAUUGAAGAAGGCCCCAAAUCAUGGGGAAACAUUAGCUAUGAAAGGUCUUAUAUUGAAUUCAACGGGGAAAAAAGAAGAAGCAUUAGAAAAUAUUCGUAAUGGUAUCAAAAAUAAUAUGCAAAGUCAUGUUUGUUGGCAUGUCUACGGCUUAUAUCAACGAUCCGAACGAAAAUAUGAUGAAGCAAUUAAAGCCUACAAACGCGCAUUACAAUGUGAAAAAGACAGUUUAACUAUAUUGCGCGAUUUAUCCCUACUUCAGAUACAAAUGCGCGAUUUAGAGGGUUACAAAGAUACUCGCCAUCAAUUAUUUAUUUUAAAACCUGGUCAACGUGCAUCAUGGAUCGGUUUUGCCAUGUCCUAUCAUUUAUUAGGUGAUUAUGAUAUGGCAUUUAGUGUUUUGGAAGAAUAUCGUAAAACUCAACAAGAUAAACCAACAGAAAAACAAUACGCUAUUGAACAUUCAGAAUUUUUAUUAUAUCAGAAUUUGGUAAUGAGAGAUGGUAAACAAUAUGACGAAGCAUUGAAACAUAUACAAAUGUAUGAAAAAGAUAUUUUGAAUAAAUUAGUAUUACAAGAGAUUAAAUAUGAAUUAUACAUGUUAUUAAAUCAAUAUGAUCGAGCUGAAACAAUAUUGAGAGAUUUAAUAGAGAGAAAUGCUGAAAAUAAAAAAUAUUAUUUAGAUUUAGAAAAAUGUUUACAUAUGACAACAAGUUAUGAAAAAAUGAAAUUUUAUGAUGAUUUAAUUGAAAAGUAUCCGAGAGCCGAUGCGCCAAAACAAAUAAGAUUACAGUUUUUAACAGGUGAACCUUUUUCUAAUGCUGUUGGAUCAUAUUUACAACGAGGAUUUCAGAAAGGUGUACCAUCAUUAUUUCAAUCCGUUAAAUUUUUAUAUUCAUCAUCAGAAAAAGUGAAAAUAAUCGACACCUUAAUACAAACCUAUCUAAAAAAUAUAGUCACACAUGGAACAUUUGAUUCACUUUCAAAUGGUAAUAAUGGUGUAGUGGAUGAAGAUAUCGAACCAGCUACAACACUUUUAUGGUUACAAUAUUAUUUGGCGCAACAUUACGAUUAUCUUGAAGACACAAACAGGGCACUCGAAUUUAUUGAUGCAGCUAUACAUGAUACGCCAACGCUUGUGGAAUUAUAUAUGUUUAAAGCAAAAAUUUAUAAACAUGCUGGUGAUUUUCAAGCGGCAGCAGUAUUAAUGGAUGAAGCACAAUCAUUAGACACGGCUGAUCGUUUUGUCAAUUGUAAAUGUACCAAAUAUCUGUUAAGAGCAAAUCAUAUUAGUGUUGCAUCCGAAGUUGCUGGAAAAUUUACAAGAGAAGGAUCUAGUCCUGGAGAAUAUUUGAAAGAAAUGCAGUGUAUGUGGUUUGAAUUAGAUUCAGCUAAAGCAUAUCGACGAUUAAAGAAAUAUGGUGAAGCAUUGAAAAAAUGUCAUGAAAUUGAAAGGCAUUUUCAAGAAUUUAUCGAAGAUCAAUUUGAUUUUCAUUCAUAUUGUUUGCGAAAGAUGGUAUUGUGUGCCUAUGUUGACAUGCUCAAUUUAGAAGAUCAUAUAAAAGGACAUCGUUUUUUUCGUCAGGCAGCACAGCUGGCUGUUGAAAUUUAUAUUCGUCUUUAUGAUCAUCCAUUAUCGGAAAAUGACAGUGACAAAAAUGAAAAUGCAGAUAACAUUUCUGCUAGUGAAAUGAAAAAAUAUAAAAAUAAACAACGUCGACAACAAGCACGUGAACAACAAGAAAAACAAAAACAAAUCGAAGCUGAUAGAAAGAAAAAGGAAUCACAACGGAAUAAAAAUAAAGAUGAUGGCGAAGAAGAAAAAAUAAAAGAAGAAGAAUUAGUAGGAGAAAAAUUAGAAAGAUCAGAAAAACCUCUUGAUGAAGCAAUGCGUUUUUUACAACCAUUAGAAGAUUUUUCGCAGUCCGAUUUAGAAACACAAUAUUUAGGAUUUGAAGUUUAUUACAGACGACUGAAAUGUACACUGAUGUUACGUUGUUUGAAACGAAUGAAAAAAUUUAAUCCGAAUUAUCCGAAAUUUCAUUCUUGUUUGAUGAAAUUUUUGAUGUUAAUUCAAAAACAUUCAUGGACAGAUGAACGUUUAAAAGUAUUGAUUGAAGAAGAGUUAAAAACAUUAUAUAAACAUGGUCGUUCUAUAGAAGAUAUGAACGCUGAUUUUAUUGAAAAACAUUCAGAUUCUUUAGCUCAUCGUAUUGAAGCUAGUAAGGUGAUGUUGUUAUUAAAUCCAUCAAAUAAUACAAAAGCCAUUCAGUUUUUGACAACACUGAGUCCAUCUUCUACAGAUCAAAAUUACACAACAUGCUCAGGCAUCUAUGAAUCUCUUCGAAUGGGCGAUUUUGGACAAUGUGAUACACAAAUUAUAGAAAAUUAUCGUUCUGAGUGUCAUAAACUAUGGCCAUUGGCAAACGUAUUCUUAACAGUACAAUCACAGCCACAACAACAGCAACAAGAAACAAAUUCAACCUCACCACCAUCACCCUACUCCUCAUCUUCUGUCUCUAUUCUUGUACUUGGUUGUCGAAGUAGUGGAAAGUCGUUACUAAUUAAACGUUUGGAUGAAUUAUCAAAUGGUUUACAUCAAAAAAAUUUCGAUGAAUUUAUUCAUAUACAAUCAACAAUUGGUAAAACGUUAACAUUAUUUAAAUGGAAACGAAAAAUGAUUGAACUACAUGAAUUAGGAGGAAUACUUGCACCAAUAUGGAAAUCAUCCUAUUCAUCAUCGUCUGUGCGUGAUAACAAAAUUAUAUUUGAUAAACUUAUUUAUAUCAUUGAUACAACUCAAGCGACAGCAUCUUCAUUUGUCAUUGAACAUUUAGAAAAUAUUAUUUUAAAUUUUAAACGAAAUAUUCUAAUUAUACUUAAUAAAUAUAUGGAAGAUAAUUCAAUGACGCAAAAUGAAUUAAAUGAAUUAUUCGACUUGAAAACAUUAGUAUCAACUCAGACGCAAGUAAAUAAUCAUAUCAAAUUAAAAAAUAGGGUAUCUAAUAGUACAAAUAGUUCAGUAUCAACGACAGACGGAGAUAUUAAUACUGAAUGUGAAAAUAUAACUCAAACCGGUGGACAAAGUCGUAUUGAAGUUAUGGAGAUAAAUAUGAAUGAGAAAAAUGUUAUGUCUAUGGAAAAUGGUAAUGAUGAAUCACCUAUUGAACAUUAUUGUCAAGUGAGUUGUCAAUUAUCAUCCAUCGUGAAAUCAACUGGAUCUGCCACAUUUACAUUAAAUGAUUCAAUGUGUACAUGUAUAUUGAAUGGUCCAAGUGAAUUAUUACAACGUCAACAACUAGAAUCAUCAAAAAAUCAAUUACAUAUCGAUGUUCAAUAUCAAACACGUCAAGGUAGUUUAACAUUUUAUUUAGAUAAAUUAAUUGAACAAUGGUUAGAAACUAUUGUACAAUCAACCAUAAUUAAACAACGUUAUCCACGUAGUCAAAUAAAUUUAAUUUUAUAUGAAGAACAAAAUUUAGCAGGAGAAGCAACACUAUUAUCGUGUAUAUGUAAUACGCUAUGUUUAACAAUGUUGGAUGCUAAUUUACCAAUGAAAUAUGCAUUUGCCUCAAUACCAGUUGUUUUACAUCCAACAAAGGGUCUUCUCUUAUUACCCAAUACAAAAGAUGAAUUAACAUCAAAAACAUAUUUUGUUAUUGUGUUUGAAACAACUUUGAAUGAUGUUUUAGCUUUACAUGCUAUUGGACAAUUUGAUAUUAAACAGUUGAAUGAUGCUAUUGAAUUAGCAAAACCAGUAGCUAAAAAAUUAUUUCAAUUUUAUCGAAAUGAAUUAGAAAAAAGAGUGUCAGUGUGA